AAUUCAGUUCACUUUAGUUCAGCUCAGUUCAGUCAAUGAAAACAGACCCUUAUAUCUACAAGAAAUGAGAUGUAAAGUGUACUCUUACAAUAAAAAUGUUCGUGCAUUAUGCAUACAACCUAACAUGUAAUCAAGUUCAAUACAAAAGAGAGAGAGAGAAAAAAAAAAAAAAAAACUCACACAACAAAAGAAAGUGAUGGAUAGAACUGUCACUAUUAAUAUAAUAAAAAUCAACCACCUAACACACCCCAAAGUAAAGCACCAAAAGUGGACCCAAUUUCUACUUAUUAUGACUAUAAUAACUCUUAAGUAAGUUUGAUACUUAAGCACAACUCUACUCUUUUCACAUCUCCUCUGUUUUCUCCCCUGUUUUUCAUCAUUUCUCUCUUCAAUUUUUUUAUUUUUGGAGAAUACUCCAUUAUCAAUGCCUUCUCUAUUCGUACCUUCAAAGAAAAGCUAUUAACAUAUGAUCGUCGAGUCGCCGAUCAGCUAUAUAAUCAUCCAUAUCAUCUCCAAAGCUAGAAGUUUAACUAGUUUGUACAUAUAUAGACAACAUUGCAUACUAAUUUUCAUCAGGCACCGACAAGUAGGGGAGGAGUAAGAAUGAAGUUAAAGGAAGAGAGAUUAUGCAGGAUUGUUAUCUUAUUCUUUGCAUUCCAAAUAUGUUUCAUGUUCAUCAUCAGAACUUCUAGCCCUCUUCAAGAUCACAUAACAUGGAGAUCAACAAAGGUAAUGAGGAGCCUAUCAUCAUUGCCAAUAUCUAAAUUGCCAGUCCAACAUGAUGCUAGUAAGCUGAGUUCAAAGAUUUCAUUGUCGUCUAGCCGGCAUUUGUCCAGCAAUCCAAACCUUAUCGAACCAUCCAUCCAUUGUGAUCAAUCCCAUCGACUUUACGAUUGGUGUCAUCUUAGAAGUCCUACCAUAUUAGACCCAAAAAGAGCUACAUUCUCUAGUAGAUCAUUGAGUCCCUCAAUGAACCCGCCUAUAGUCGAAAAAGUCCGCCCUUACCCCCGUAAAACGGACAUUAACUCCAUGUCUAACAUACGUGAAAUCACCUUAACCACAAAACUAUCACACUCUCCUUGUACAAUUGUACACGACACCCCGGCUUUAGUGUUCAGCAUUGGUGGCUAUACCGGCAAUUUCUUCCAUGAUUUUAACGACGGAUUUGUACCACUUUUUAUCACUAUUAACACCCUAUUCCCCGAUCAAGAAGUUACCCUAGUCAUAACUAAUUAUACUGAAUGGUGGUAUGGUAAAUAUGAGGCCAUUCUUCCUCAAUUUUCGAGCCGUCCUAUAAUCAACCUUGACAAUCAAACAGUCUCACAUUGUUUCCCAUCUGUUGUAGCAGGGCUCAUUACUCAUGGACCCAUGACUAUUAACCCUAAUCUAAUGCCUCAUCGAAAGAGCUUCAUUGAUUUCCAUGCCUUGCUCGAGGAAGGAUAUCGAAAAUGCCUAGUGUGGCCUCCCCCUAAAAUCAAAAGCAAGCCUAGGCUCGUGUUGGUGAGUCGAUCAGGGGCAGUUGGACGUGUCAUACUAAACCAAGACAAUGUUAUAAAGGCAGCUCAAGAGGAAGGCUUCGAUGUUGUGAUAUUCGAGCCUUCGGCCUACACUUAUCUAUGUGAUGUUUAUAGGUUAAUCAAUGGUAGUCACGCGAUCAUGGGAGUACACGGAGCUGCCCUUACGCACUCCCUCUUCCUACAGCCUGGCGCGGCGUUCAUCCAAGUGGUUCCCCUAGGAGGCGAUUGGUUAGCGAGGACUUACUUUCGGAAUUUAGCUAAAGGAAUGAAAUUAGAGUACAUGGAAUACAAAGUUCAACCAGAGGAAAGUAGUUUGGUUGAAAAAUAUGGUAAGGAUCAUAUUAUGAUUAGAGACCCAAAUUCCAUAACAAAUACAAAUUGGUCUGCGUUACAUAACAUAUACUUGAGAAGCCAAGACGUUCGACUCGACAUAGGAAGAUUCAGGUCAUGUUUGAAGAUGGCUUAUGCUAAGGCCAAGAGAUCAAUGGAACAUCAAGGUUUGCACGUGAAACGUCGGCCUAAAAUUAAGAAAUUCAUUAGGCCUCCGGUGUUUAGUUAUACUUAUGGUGUUAUAUAGGUUGGCUAAUUUUGGUUACAUGUAUGUAUGUGUUAUAUGUUAUAUGUUAUAUGUUAUAACGAAGAUAAUGAUCAUAGGUUUAAAGACAUAAUUCAUUUAGUCUUGAAUUUGAUAAAUGACAUAUAUUUUGUAGUGUUGCUAGAAAGUCAGCUGUCGUCUGAUUUAUAGAGAUAAGAUUGGGAUGUAUCACAUGCAUUUAUUGUAUGUAUAUAUAUAUAAUAGUUAACCAUAUGUACUAAACUACUAAUGGAAUUCUAAUUUCAAUAGAAUGUUGAGAGUUUUUUGGUGAUUGUGAUUGUGCAUAGCUACUUAUAGGUAGUAUGAGAAAUGCAAUUCUAGAGCAUCUUCAAUGGUGGACAACGUGUGUUACGUGUUUAUGUUCUUCAUCGUACAAUAUUAGAGCAUCUCCUAGGUGGACGACAAUGCUCAUCAUUUGUUUUGAUUUAUUAAUCUCUUUUAUUAUUUGGUUAUUGAGACAAAAUUCACAUUAUAUAUAUUUUAAGUAGCUUGUUAUG